AGACUCUCAAACCCAUCGUGGAAAAGACCGAACUCUAAAAGCUCUCAUUUGUUUCUCUUUCAAGCGCACUCUGCGUUUGAGUUAUCGUUUUCAAAGUUUUCCAACCAACAUGUCUCUCAUUCCUAGCAUCUUUGGAGGCCGACGAACCAACGUGUUCGACCCAUUUUCCCUCGACAUAUGGGACCCUUAUGAUGGGCUUUUCACCUCGGUGCGUGAAACCUCUUCGUUUGCCAACUUGAGGAUUGACUGGAAGGAGACCCCAGAGGCUCAUGUUUUCAAAGCUGACCUUCCGGGGCUGAAGAAAGAGGAGGUGAAGGUUGAGGUUGAGGAAGGUAGAGUUCUUCAGAUUAGUGGGGAGAGGAGCAAAGAGCAAGAGGAGAAGAAUGAGAAGUGGCACCGUGUUGAGAGGAGCAGUGGCAAGUUCUUGAGGAGGUUUAGGUUGCCUCAAAAUGCAAAGAUAGAUGAGGUUAAGGCUAGCAUGGAGAAUGGGGUGCUCACUGUGACCGUGCCUAAGGUGGAGGAAAAGAAGCCUGAUGUCAAGCCCAUUGAGAUUUCUGGUUAAUUAAGCGACCGGUUUUUUAACUUUAAAAGCUACCAAAUGCAUUAAAUAAACAAGGAAUUAUAAUGUGUGUUUUUGUUUGUGUCCUUUGUGUGUAAGAGCAGUGCGAGUUGCUUGUAAAACAAUUGAAAUGGGUGUUCAAUUGUUGUAAUAAUUGUUUUGUGAAUAAAAUGGUCUCAUUUUGAAAAGUAGAA